AUGAAAAUAUUCCUCGUCGUCCUAUUAUUCCUUGCUAUCAACGUAGCUGCCGAUGGUCGUAUGACAUUACCAGAAAUCCGCCUUACAAAGAAUGAUGCAAAAAAUAACUUCCGAAAUGCACGCUCACCAGCAAAACAUUACCCUUGUGGAACCAAGGUAGGUCCUGGAAAAGUUUUAACAACAUAUACUACCAAUCAAGUCGUAAACGUUCAAUGGGACAUUGAGAAUGCUUUGGAGGGUACUUGUUUUGUCGAUUUGUCAACAACCGGAAAAGAUACUGAUUUUAAACCCAUUAGUACCAUUGAUAAUUGUGCAGAUAAAGUUGGUGAAAACUUUCAAGCCGAUGUAAAACUUCCUGAAAAUACUUCUUGCGAGCGUUGUUUUGGUUUUGUAUAUUUGUCAACACCGAGUAAAGAUACUGAUUUUAAACCCAUUAGUACCAUUGAUAAUUGUGCAGAUAAAGUUGGUGAAAACUUUCAAGCCGAUGUAAAACUUCCUGAAAAUACUUCUUGCGAGCGUUGUACGCUUCGUUUUAGAUGGAUUCCAAAGUUAUCCGAGGAUGUUUAUUUAAAUUGUGCCGACAUUUCUAUCUUACCAGCCAACAAAAGCAAACUCAAGGCGCAAAAAAGAUGCGGUCGUGGUUGUGGCGGAGCUAGCGCGAAACGCGAUUUAAAUUCAAAUAGUAAUUUCUCGAGCCGCAAAGAACUUAAACAUACUGAUUUUAAACCCAUUAGUACCAUUGAUAAUUGUGCAGAUAAAGUUGGUGAAAACUUUCAAGCCGAUGUAAAACUUCCUGAAAAUACUUCUUGCGAGCGUUGUACGCUUCGUUUUAGAUGGAUUCCAAAGUUAUCCGAGGAUGUUUAUUUAAAUUGUGCCGACAUUUCUAUCUUACCAGCCAACAAAAGCAAACUCAAGGCGCAAAAAAGAUGCGGUCGUGGUUGUGGCGGAGCUAGCGCGAAACGCGAUUUAAAUUCAAAUAGUAAUUUCUCGAGCCGCAAAGAACUUAAAC